AAGCACCGCACUCGCGCACUCCUUUCUUUCUUUUCUCGAGAAAUCCAAUGACGCAUCAUCGCCCCACUCCGGUCGUAUUUAAAGCCCUUCGCUCCCCCUUCGCCAGCCAUCACUCGUCAUUCUCCGCCACCGCACAGACAGAGGUCCAGCUCGAAAGUCUUCUUCUAGAGAGAGAGAGAGAGAGAUGGCGGAGGAGACGGCGAAGAAGAAGGCGUGGUCGCUGAAGAAGGCGGUGGCGGCGAUGAGCGGCGGCGGCGGCGGCGGAGGCGGCGGCAGGGAGGGGCGGCCGUGGAAGCUGCCCGGGAUCAAGUGGAAGGGCGGCAAGAGGAGGAGCCUGAGCGUCGGCUUCCAGGUGGCCGUCAUCGACGGGGUCGUCUUCCGGAUCGUGUCCGUCGUGGAGGGCGUCGUCCUCGUCUCCACGCUCUGCUUCUUCUACAUCUGCUGCGGCUGCCACUUCUGAUCUCCUCCUGCUCUUCACUAAUUUGACUGGGUUUUGGUUUCUUCGUCUUACGGAGCUAGAUUUAGGGAAAGCAGUUCGACUCUUCUUCUUUUUUCGUUCUUUGAUUCGGUUGGAUUGAAUUCUCGUGGAAACUGUAAUUGGGUACACAUUCUUUGUCAAAAGGUUUCGUUUUGUAAUCAAUCGAGCAAUAACAAUUCCGCGGCC